AAUCCCUACAGCGCCCUCUGGUAAUCAUUAAAAUGGCGGACGUCAAAGCGCUGGAGCACUCAACUUUAAAGGUGCCAUAUGAGACUCUUAAUAAACGAUUUAGAAACAGCCAGAAGGCAAUCGACCGUGAAGUUUCACACGUAACGGGAGCGACUGGAAGAUUAGAAAACUGUUUAAAAGACACUGACCAACCAUGCAGUGUGGACAGGGUUGUAGAUUUAUUGGAUUCUGUGGUGGACAAACUAACUGCCCUCAAAAGAAAGGCAGCAGAGGCUAUAUCUCAGGAAGAGGGUAGCGCUCGGGUUUGUAAAAGGCGUAUUGAGCAUUUAAAAGAGAAAGAUAUGUGCACGGAAAGCACUCUAGCCCAGUGGAAUAAGAAGAGAGUUGAUCGCAUGCUUGUCGAAUACUUCCUUAGGGCUGGCUACUACGAUUCAGCUAUGAAACUGGCAAGCCAUGCAGAUAUUGAAGAUCUGACUAAUAUGAAACUGUUCAUGGAAUCAAGAGAUGUUGAAGAAUCGUUAUUAAAGCGAGAAACAGCACCCUGUCUUAAUUGGUGUCAUGACAACAAGUCUAAACUUAAAAAGAUUAAAAGUUCAUUAGAAUUUAAUCUCCGCACCCAGCAGUUUAUUGAGUUGAUUAGGAGUAACAAGCGACUAGAGGCUGUCAAACAGGCACGGAAGUACUUCACUAGCCUUGAGGGUGAUCAAUUAUUGGAGGUACAGAAGGUGAUGGGGCUGCUAGCAUUCCCAUCUUCAACAGAUGUUUCUCCCUACAAGGAGCUGUUGGACAUUCAGCGGUGGCAAGUUCUCGUUGAGCAAUUCCGAGAAGAGAAUUACAAGCUUCACCAACUUAACAACCUGUCUGUCUUUACAGUCACUUUGGAAGCUGGACUGUCUGCUAUGAAGACACCUCAGUGUUACCAUAGCAGCAGCAAAAACCCGGACUGCCCCGUGUGUAGUAAAAAUUUGAAUCAACUAGCUCGGUCUCUGCCGUAUUCUCACGCAGCACAGUCGCGUCUUAUAUGCAGCAUAUCUGGUCAAAUGAUGAAUGAGAACAAUGUCCCGAUGAUGUUACCAAAUGGUCAUGUUUAUGGUGAAAUUUCUUUGCUUGCCAUGGCUGCUGAAUGUGGUGGAAGGAUCAUUUGUCCACGUACGAAAGAAGUCUAUGACAUUGACCAAUUGGAAAAGGUUUUCAUCAUGUAGUGAAAGGCAAAAGCUGUAAAUACAUGCAUUAUACAAUCAGUAACUUGAAAUAUUAACUACUGCCAAACAAGUCCAGUAUCAUCUGGAAGAUGUUGCAAUUGGUACCAGAGAUGGAGAACCAAUCAGGAGGAGGCAACCAGACAACUAAGAUUUUAAUGCCAUCUUAACAGAGGGUGAUUCAUCCAGUAGAACU